GGCGCACAGGCUCCGCCACACCUCGCUGUUCUCGUCGCCGUGCAGGCAGCGGUACCAGUGCUUGCACACCAGCGCGCAGCUCCGCAGCUCCGACAGCUCCAGCCACAGGACUUAGGAGGGAAGAGGAGCAAGGUUUAUUUGGACAGGCUUUAAAAUCAAGGAUAGGAGAGAGUUUCUCUUGCAUCAGGGAACACAGCACCCAGCAGAGUGAUCAGCUUUCGGGGCACAGAUACUUGAGAAGCCAGGUGAGAAAUGGAAGUCUGCCUGGAGCUGGUGUUAAGAGAUUCCCUCAGCUAUUGAAGAUUGUGCUUUCAUCCUGUCCUCACAGUAUAGAGCCUUCUCCACCACUAUGGCAGUCAGGUGGACCGGUGGACAUUCCACUCCUGUUCUCUGCCUGAACUCGAGUCGAGAAGGACUGGUGGCCUCUGGAGCCGAGGGCGGCGACCUCCACCUCUGGGCUGAAGACGGAACGCAGCUGGGAUGCACACACUUCCAGGGCGACGGUGAUGUCACCAGCAUCGUCUUCUCAUCCUCCUGCCCUACGACAUUGUAUGCCUCCCACGGGGAAGCCAUUAGCGUGCUGGACGUCAGGGCCCUCAAAGGUUCUCUGGACCACUUUCAGGUGAAUGAAGAGGAGAUCAAUUGCCUUUCGCUGAAUGACACUGAAAGCCUGUUGGCUUCCGCUGAUGACUCCGGGGCAAUCAAAAUCCUCAACUUGGAAAAUAAGAAAGUUAGCAGAUCCCUGAAGAGACACUCCAACAUCUGUUCCUCAGUCGCUUUUCGUCCCCAAAGGCCUCAGAGCCUGGUUUCCUGUGGACUGGAUAUGCAGGUAAUGCUGUGGAAUCUUCAGAAGGCCCGGCCUGUCUGGAUUACAAAUUUACAGGAGGACGAAGCCGAUGAACUGGAGUGUCCACAGUCACCCGGGCAGCUCUUCAACCCUGCCCUCGCACACUCUGUGUCUGUGGCGUCCUGUGGCAAUAUCUUCAGUUGUGGGGCAGAAGACGGUAAAGUUCGCAUCUUUAGGGUGGUGGGCGUCAAGUGCGAGCGGGAAGUGGGCUUUAAGGCCCACGCCCUGGGGGUCUCCCAGGUCUCCUUUCUGCCAGAAUCCUACCUGCUGCUUACUGGAGGGAACGACGGAAAGAUAAUGCUGUGGGAUGUCAGCCAGGGCGCUGAGAAGAAGCAGAAGAGCCCUGCCAAGCAGACCCACAGGAAGAAAACGAAAAGAGCGAUUUACAGUGCCCAGAGCGGGAACACUGAUGCCGCAGCAGCCGACGGAGAGCCCGGCCAGCUUUUCCCCAAGCUCAGUAUUGAACAUGGAGAGAAAGUGAACUGGCUGCUGGGAACAAAAUUAAAGGGACACCAACAUAUAUUAGUAGCUGAUCAAACUAGUUGUAUCUCUGUAUAUCCCUUAAAUGAACUUUAACGCCAAUAAAAAGCAUUUGUAUGUUUGGA